UAACACUUGGAAUCACGUUUGAACCGAUAUUCCAACCCAAGGUUGAAUCCAUGACGUAUAUAGAUUAAACGUCGUGGGAAAGUGCAGUGACGUCACGUCGAGGCGCGUCAUUCCAUAUGAUCCCGAUCAAAUUAUGAGCUUUCACAAGUGCAAAGUAUGACAGCAGAUUGUCAGUAGAUUAGUGACCGCAAGGCGACUCAAUUAAAGAAAACAGUAAAUGAAUUAAUUGUGGUGUGACAGUGUGUGUAUAGUAUGUUGCAGAGAACCAGUUAAAAUUGUGUGAUCAAAUCAUCAAUUUGUGAUAUUUUUGUUAAUAAAGACAGUUGAAACAAUCAUUGUUAAAACAACUUUCCAAAAUGGGAUUAUUGUUUGCUAAAUUGUGGAGCCUUUUUGGCAAUGAAGAGCACAAGAUUGUUAUUGUUGGACUAGACAAUGCGGGAAAAACCACAAUAUUGUACCAAUUCUUGAUGAACGAAGUAGUUCAUACAAGUCCAACAAUAGGCUCAAAUGUAGAGGAAGUUGUAUGGAGAAACAUACACUUCUUAAUGUGGGACUUGGGUGGACAACAAAGUCUUCGGGCAGCUUGGAGUACUUAUUAUACUAAUACUGAGUUUGUAAUCGUGGUGAUAGACUCGACGGACAGAGAGCGACUGUCCAUCAUCCGCGAGGAGAUUUACAAAAUGUUGGCGAACGACGAACUUUCGAAAGCGGGAGUUUUAGUGUACGCCAAUAAACAGGACGUUAAAGGGUCGAUGACGGCCUCAGAAAUUUCGAAGGAGCUCGAUCUGACAUCGAUCAAAAAGCAACAGUGGCACAUCCAGUCUUGUUGUGCGCUUACAGGAGAAGGAUUAUAUCAGGGACUGGAGUGGAUAGUGAGCAGAUUAAAGAAGAAAUGACAACAUUAGAAUAUUAGAGAAAUAAGGUGAACUUUAAAAUUGUAAUAUAAAGAUCAUGAUAAUGGAACAACAUAUUCUCACAUUGAGAAUUAUUAUUACUAUUUCCUUAUGAAAGGGCAAAUAAUUCAUAAUUUCGGCAUGUUUAUAAAAAUUAUACAUUCUUUUGCUUUUGUAAAUAUAUAAAUAUAUUUUUCGACAUUUCGUAAUUUAAAAUGUAAUUUUGUUAUCCUGCAAUUGUAAUUCGUUUACCUCCAUUUAAUAUUCUUUUUGUAAAGUGUUUAGAUUUAAGAAUAUUUUUUUAUUUAAGGCUAAAAUUGUAAAAUAAAAAAUACUAUUAAUAAAUUGUAUAUAAAACAA